GAAAAAGAAUGGGAAGAAUCUCUGAGCUGGUUCCCUGGGCGCUUCCAAGGCGUUCCGUGUGGAAUUGCAGCUGGAUCAUUUAGCUGCGGGCUCCCGGCUUCUUCUUCCUGAGUCCGGUCUCGAGAGAGAAGGCCCUGAGACACCCUUUCCUCUCUCUCUCUCUCUCUCUCCCCCCUGUCUCUCUCUGUCUGUCUCUGGGCCUGAGACGCGGCAGCUGCCUGCCCGCCGUGCCCCGCCAAGAUGCUGGUGCUGCUCGCUUUCAUCAUCAUCUUCCACAUCACCUCCGCCGCCCUGCUGUUCGUCGCCACCAUCGACAACGCCUGGUGGGUCGGGGAUCAGUUCCACACGGACCUCUGGAAGUUGUGUGUCAAUGGCACGAACUGCACGGACGUCCUGUACGAAGGCUUUGAGGGCUACAGCACGCUGCAGGCGGUGCAGGCCUCCAUGAUCCUGGCCACCAUCCUGUGCUGCGUCGCCUUCCUCAUCUUCCUGCUGCAGCUCUUCCGCCUCAAGCAGGGCGAGCGGUUCGUCCUCACCUCCCUCAUCCAGCUCAUGUCCUGCCUCUGCGUCAUGAUCGCGGCUUCCAUCUACACCGACCAGCGCGAGGAGUUCCACAAGAAUAACUUCAUUUAUUUGGGGACCUCGGACGGCGGCUACGGCUACUCCUUCAUCCUGGCCUGGGUGGCCUUCACCUUCACCUUCAUCAGCGGCCUCAUGUACCUGAUACUGAGGAAGCGCAAGUAGGAGGCGGCCCCCCGCCGCCGCCGCCCGCACCCCACAUUCAGAUAACCGUUUUGUAUAUAAUCGUGCGUGUGUGCGUGUGCGUGUGCCUGUGCCUGUGCGUGUGUGUGUGCGCGCGUGUGUGUGUGCGCGUGUGCGUUUCCUGGCAAACAUUGUUCCCUUUGAAAACCAAAGAAAGGAGAGUCUGUGUCUUGAGAUGAGCGAGCCGAGGAAGGGGACCUGCGCCCGCCCGGCCGCGCGUCUCACGAGACAAAACCCCCACGUCCAGCCGAGUUCUGAAGCCGCGGGACUGGGGGCAGAGGGCUCCCCCCCACUUCCCGUCCGCGGGGGAGCAGGGGACAGGGUUGGGGUGGAACGGCUGUACCCACCAGCGCCAAGCCCGGGUGGAAGGGCCCGCCCCGGUGUGCGCGCCGGGCCCCUGCUCAGCCCCGCCUGCUACGAGCCGCACCCCAGAACCUCCCUUUCUCGCCGGCGCCUGGGAAGGGCUGGGAAGGCUGCGCCCCCGCCCCCGCCCCCCGCGCUGCCUCCCACGUGGUGGAUUCCAGGAUGGAGCCGGGAGGUGGGUGGGCCUAGACUCUGGUCAGCAGCUUCCGGAAUCUUUACUGGCCUUUGCACAGCUGUGCACAGCUGGACCUCUGGACUAGGCCCUGGUCAUAGCCCCCAGAGCCAGAAGACGGGGGCCGAGGGGGUGGACAGCGCCUUCCCCGCUGACCCAGAAGGCCCUCCUCUCUGUUCCAAGGCUGCCUCUCUGAACCCCAAUUUCUAGACCCCCAGAGAGUCUGCCCAUCCCCCGCCCCCAUCCGUCCUGCAGCAUACAUCAGAGUGCGGGUGCCGGGACAGGCUCGCUCCGGGGGGCUCCCGCCCAAAGGGACAGGAAUCCGGGGGCUGGAGUGAGCGUCCAGCGCGAAGGGUGUUGUUUGCCUUGCACGCGGCCCACCCAGGUUUGAUCCCUGGCACCCCGAAGGUCCCCCUGGGCAUCUCCGGGGAGUGAACCUCAGAGCAGAGUCAGGAGCAAGCCUUGAGCACCGCCAGGUGUGGCCCAAGAAACAGAGAGAAAAAGAAAAAAAGGAAGAGAGACUCAGCAGAAAGGAGGGCGAGUUAACCGCAGAGCAGAGGGGCCACAGGCCCAGGCCUCAGGCUCACGGUGCUGCCCAGGCGCUGUGGCUGUCUGUCCUGCGGGACCCACGUCUGUCCUGGCGCUGCCCAGGCGCGUUUCCACCAAGGUCGCCCCAGGACCCCUCCGCAAAUGGGCUGGGGGGUGGGGGGCGCCAGGGGCGGGUCCAGAGCGGAUGCUCUCGGGAGCUGGGGCACCAGGGGGGCUGCUUCA